AUGAACCUCCCUUGCUCGUCGAUGCACUCGGACCGGACCCAAAAGGAGCGUGAAGCUGCCAUGCGAGCCUUCCGCUCCGGUACUGCUCCCAUUCUUAUCGCUACUGGUGUUUCGGCUCGCGGCAUCGACGUGCGCAACGUUCUCCACGUCAUCAACUAUGAUCUCCCCGCCAUGGAUCAUGGAGGGAUUGAAGAGUAUAUCCAUCGUAUUGGUCGCACCGGUCGAAUUGGUCACCGCGGCCUCGCCUCCUCGCUCUUCACCGACGAGGACGAGCCCAUUGCUAGCUUCCUAGCCCGCACUCUUCUCGAGACGGGGCAAGAGAUCCCAGAGUUCCUUCAGCAUCACGUCUCCGAGGGACAAGAGUUGAAGUUCGAGGCUGACUCGGAUUCUGAGCCUGGGGACAAUGCAGACGAUGGCUGGGGCACCGGCGGCGAUACUCAGGGCACCAAUGACGCUCAGGACGCCAAUGACGGCGGCUGGGGAAACUAA